UUGAAUAAGAGAAGAGGGGAUAUCUGGUGUGUUAUUAUAACCCUGAUGGUGUCAGGUAACCUGAGGCAUGAUUACUCGACACAUACAUGCAGGUUCACUAGGUUUUUGUUCAUGUUGCUGCACAGAGCUUCCAGCUCUCAGGGGAACAAACUCAAGUGAAGCUGUUAGGUGUUCACACACUCACAACCCUCCAGACCUCAGGCCUUUUCCCACAGGGAUGAUCUUCACAGCAGAGCAGGUCAUUUGUGUGUGUGAGGUCCUCCUGCAAAGCGGAUGCAUGGAUCAUCUGGCCAGAUUCCUCUCUACUCAUCUUCCCUCUUCAUCCUCCUCCUCUUCAUGCCUUGGGGAGCUGGAGAGUGUGUUAAAAGCUAAAGCUGCAGUGGCCUUUCACCAGGGGCGCUUCUCAGAUCUCUACACCCUGCUGGAGGGCUUCCCCUUCUCCGCACACAGCCAGCCCUUCCUGCAGCAGCUCUGGCUUCAGGCCCACUACACUGAGGCCGAGAGGCAGAGAGGUCGGCCCCUGGGAGCAGUGGGGAAGUAUCGGAUAAGGAGGAAGUUUCCUUUACCACACACCAUCUGGGACGGAGAGGAGACCAGUUACUGCUUCAAGGAAAAAUCUCGGAGUGUGUUGAGAGAAUGGUACCACCAUAAGCCGUAUCCUUCUACCCGGGAGAAGCGGGAACUCGCGGCGGCCACUGGCCUCACGACCACCCAGGUCAGCAACUGGUUCAAGAACCGGCGGCAGAGAGAUCGAGCCAACGACUUUAACAGUUUCCGAGCAACACUGACUACAGGACCACCGGGAGAAAUUCACCUGUCCACUGACGACGACGUGUCCCCUGCAGGAAGUCCAUACCUCCAACAUUGCUACCGAACACCUCCACCCCUCUUUCAUCCACCUCUUCAUCAGCGGUCUACAGGUCUUUAG